AUGGAAGGCGGCGCGUGGUGCGCUCGCGACAUAUCAUUGCGCGCGCAGAAGAAGUUCCUAUCCAGGGUAGGCGGAGCUGCCAGUGCUCGCUCGCUGGUCCUCGACGAGCACGCGGCUAAACUCCUUGAUCAGUUCCUCACAGUGCUCCGUGAGCGUGUAGAAAAGAGAGAGGCAGAGAAGCUUGUAAAGCAUGUGAUCAAAGCUGCGGUGAAGCUGGGUGUACUACGGCGUCAUGGACAACUGUCUGCGGCAGACGACCGCGCUCUUGCUGCUUUCCGUUCAAAGUUUCAUACGGUGUUGAUGGCAGUGGUUUCAUUCUGCGAGGUAGAUUUCUCCUAUGAUCGAGGCUUCCUUCAAGAUGCUCUCCGCGACUCCCACCAGUCACUAAAAUCGGUGGUAGAGCGACACCUAUCGGACAAAUCUGUCUCCAGGCUCGCUGGAGUAUUUGGGCUCGCUUCAAGAUCCGACCUCCUCGAUUCCCUGUUCGCGGGACAAAUUGAUGAGAACGUCCUCAAACUGACCAGGAUGCUUCGGAAAGAACUGGAUAGGGGGUUGCUAUAAUCCGAGAGAACGAGACCAAGUAUGCCGUCCUACUCUAAAACUAUGCGUAUCUACCAUCUCAAAUCGGUCUCAUAAUAGGAUCUUCGUCUUAUGCUAUGAUAAAUAAUGGGAUCACUUAAAUAUCGUCUUUACAAAUGAUGACGUCAUGAACUUUUAGAUGCAUGCUGUUGCACGUGUUACAUUGUAUCGCUUCAGGCAAUUCACUUGCACUGGCAUUGUAUCGGUUUUAGUUUUAUUUUUAAUGCUCUCUAAAGUCGAAAAUACGGUCGGGGAAAGGCCGACGAUGUUUAUACAACUGUCGAGACUGUUAUGAAUACUCAGUGCAUCGGUUUCGUUCUUUGCUCGUAUUUAUUGUGAGGUUUUGAACUUUGAUUGAUUACUGGUCUUCGUUACGCUCCAACUACACUUUGACGGUUUCGGCAUCUUCACAUAAACAAUGCAAUGCAUAUAAAAAUUAACUAAAAAACAUAAAUAUGCAAAUGUAUGUUUAUCAUACAAAGUUCAGAAUAAAAAUUUUGUCGGUUGUUUGGCGCAG